AUGGCCAACUCGUGGAAGUCGUUUGACUUCUUCGAUGUCAGCCAGGCGAGGCCCGGCGACGACGAGGCGCGCAGCUUCUUCGAGGGCAACGAGAUUGCCAGCGUGUGUUCCGGAUCCGACAGCUUGUUCCUCGGCAGCUUCGAUGGCUACGUGCGCAUUGUCGGCCCGAGCUGGAAGAUUGUGCGCAGCUUCCUGGCGCACGACGCCGGCAGCAUCACCCACAUGCGACAAGUCGAGGGCACGAGCUUGCUGGUGACUGUAGCGGAAGACCUGAGCGUUGAGCCGGUGCUCAAGGUGUGGGCGCUGGACAAGCCAACCAAGAAGACAGGACUGCCGACAUGUCUGAGCACCAUCCAGAUCAACAACGGCAAGAAGCAGUUUCCGAUCUCUGCCUUCACCGCCACCCCCGACGUCUCGCAGCUGGCCGUCGGGUUUGCCAACGGCUCUGUGACGCUCAUCCGUGGCGACCUCGUCAACGACACCGGCACGCGCCAGCGCAUCAUCCACGAAUCCGAAGAGCCCAUUACGGGCGUCGAGCUCGACGUCGACGAGAAGCUCACCACCACUCUCUUUAUCGCCACGACCGGCCGCAUCCUCAAACUGCCCAUCCUCGCCAGGGGCAAGGCCCAGCCGCCCAAGACCGUCGAGGACACGGGCUGUGCGGUCGGGUGCAUGACCAUCGACCGGCGGACCAACGACAUUGUCGUCGCGCGUGACGAUGCCAUCUACUACUACACAAUCGACGGGCGGGGCCCGCCACGGGCGUACGACGCGCCCAAGAGCAUGAUCUCGGUGUACGACGACUACGUGGCGCUGGUGUCGCCGGCGUCGGCCUUGGGCAGCAGUGGCGGGAGCGGUGGCGGCGACAAGGGGAGCGGGAAUACAGGCGGAGCAGGCGUUGGUGGCGGCGGUGGACACGCCCUGCGCAGACGCUUGGGCACCUCGGCAGCGGCGGCGGAUGUCCUCUUCAACACGUCGACCUUUGCGCUGCUCGAGACCGACCUCAAAGUGGUCGCGCACUCCGAGACGCUGCUGUCGCCCGUCAAAGCCAUCUUCCAGCUCUGGGGCAGCCUGUGCGUGCUGACGCUCGACGGGAAAGUGCGGCUCUACCGUGCAAAGUCGCUGCAGCAGCGCCUCGACAUGCUGUACCAGCGCAACCUGUACCACCUGGCCAUUGAGCUGGCGCGCAAGUCGGGGCUCGGCGGCGCCGAGCAGAACAUUAUUUUUCGCAAGUUUGGCGACUAUCUGUACCAAAAGGGCAGCUACGACGAGGCCAUGGUGCAGUACAUCAAGGCCAUCGACAGCACCGAGCCGUCGCAGGUGAUCCGCAAGUUCCUGGACACGCAGCGCAUUCACAACCUGAUUGAGUACCUCGAGGAGCUGCACGAGCACCACCGCGCGACGGCCGACCACACGACGCUGCUGCUCAACUGCUAUGCCAAGCUCAAGGACAUUGACAAGCUGGAGGCGUUUAUCAAGUCGCCGGGCGACCUCAAGUUCGACCUGGACACGGCUAUCGCCAUGUGCCGCCAGGGCGGCUACUACGAGCAGGCCGUCUACCUGGCGAAGCAGCACAGCGAGAACGAGCUCGUCGUCGACAUUCUGGUCGAGGACGCCAAGCAGUACGACGACGCCCUCGACUUUAUCUGGCACCUCGAUGCCGAGACGGCAUAUGCGAGUCUCAUGAAGUACGCUCGUGUGCUCAUUGAACACUGUCCAAAAGACGCGACACAGCUGUUCAUCGACUACUACACAGGCAAGUACAGGCCGAAGCUGGAUGUGCCGACAUCUGCGGGCGUAGCAGCCGCUGCAGCAGACGCGGGCGGAAGCGGCUUUGCCUACGGCGCGGCCUCGGCCGUCUCCAACCUCGCCGGCCGCAUCACGUUGCCGUACAUCUCGUCGUCGUCUGCGGCGACGCCAGCAGAGGAAGCAAAAGCAGCCACCGCCACGGAUGCUGUGGCAGGACCGUCGUCAACCGACGCCGGCAGCACGCAGGCGAAAGCUGCAGCCAUGCUCGUCUACAAGGUGCCGAAGCCACGGACGGCCUUCUCGUCCUUCAUCGACCACCCGGACGAGUUUAUUGUUUUCCUAGAGUCCUGCCUCAAGGACAAGAAGCCGCUGGCGGACGACGACCGCACCGACUUGUACACCACACUCUUUGAGAUGUACCUGCAAAAGUCGUCGGAGAAGAAGGGCGCCCAGCACCGCGAGGCGUGGGAGGCCAAGGCCAAAGCGCUGAUCAGCAAGAAAGGCAGUGGGGAGGGUGAAACCGACGGCGGCGGCGACGACGACAGCGACACGCCCGUGCCGAUUGAAAAGGCCAACGUGCUGCUCCUGUCACACCUGUCCAACUUCCGCGACGGCACCACCCUCGUCAAGGAGCAGGCCGGCCUGCUGUUUGACAUCUUCCGCUCCUACACCGCCGCCAAGGACACGCGCGGCGCCCUCCACGCGCUGCACAAGUACGGGCCCGAAGAGCCCCAGCUGUACACGGCGGCGCUGGCGUACCUGACGUCGAGCACACGCGUCCUGGACGAGGCCGGGCCGGACGAGCUGGCCGCCGUGCUGGAGCGCAUCCACAGCGACGGCCUCAUGGCGCCGCUGCAGGUGGUCCAGACGCUCAGCCAGAACCCCGUCGCCACCAUGGGCAUGCUCAAGCCGUACCUCCAGGAAACCAUUGGGCGCGAGCGCCGCGAGAUCGCCGCCAACCAGCGCCGCAUCACGUCGUUCCGCCAGGAGACGGAGCAGCGCCGCGCCGAGCUGGCCGACCUCGAGGCCAAGCCGGCCGUCUUCCAGGCCACGCGCUGCAGCCAGUGUGCGCUGCCGCUGGAGCUGCCCGUGGUGCACUUUUUGUGCAAGCACUCGUUCCACCAGCGGUGCCUCAAGGGCGAUGGGCGCGAGAGCAGCAGCAGCAGCACCAUGGGUGGUGCCGCCGGCGACUACGGCUCGGGCGCGAGCUUGUCGACCGAGUGCCCGCUGUGUGCGCAGGACAAUGCGACGGUGCGGGCCAUCCGGCGGCAGCAGGAAGAGUACGCAACGCGGCACGACCUGUUCAAGACGGAGCUGGGCAACAGCGACGACCGGUUCGGCACCGUGGCCGACUGGUUCCAGCGGGGCGUUAUGGGGCCGGCGGGGGAGUAG